AAGGACACAAUUGUCAUGAACUGGGCGUCCCUGCAGGGCCUCCUGAGCGGGGUCAACAAGUACUCCACGGCGCUGGGCCGCAUCUGGCUGUCAGUGGUGUUCAUCUUCCGUGUGCUGGUGUACGUGGUGGCGGCCGAGGAGGUGUGGGACGACGAGCAGAAGGACUUCGUCUGCAACACCAAGCAGCCGGGCUGCCCCAACGUCUGCUACGACGAGUUCUUCCCCGUGUCCCACGUGCGCCUCUGGGCCCUGCAGCUCAUCCUGGUCACCUGCCCCUCGCUGCUCGUGGUCAUGCACGUGGCCUACCGCCAGGAGCGCGAGCGCCGCCACCGCCUGAAGCACGGGCCCAGCGCCCCGUCCCUGUACGACAACCCAAACAAGAAGCGCGGUGGGCUCUGGUGGACCUACCUGCUGAGUCUCCUCUUCAAGGCAGCCGUCGACGCCGGGUUCCUCUACCUCUUCCACCGCCUCUACGAGGAUUAUGACAUGCCGCGUGUGGUGGUCUGCUCCGAGUCCCCUUGCCCCCACAUGGUGGACUGCUACAUCUCCCGGCCCACCGAGAAGAAGGUCUUCACCUACUUCAUGGUGGCCACCGCUGUCAUCUGCAUCCUGCUCAACCUCAGUGAGGUCACCUACCUGGUGGGCAAGAGGUGCCUGGAGACCUUCAGCCCAAGGCGCAAGCGGUCUCGGCACCGGGACCACCUGCCUGACACCUGCCCCCCGUACAUCCUCUCCCAGGGAGAGCACCCCCAAGACGGGAACUCUGUCCUAAUGAAGGCUGGGUCAGCCACAAUGGAGGCAGGUGGGUUUCCAUGACCUGUGAGGGCAGUGGCGAGGACCACUGGGGCCGCAGGCUGUUCCCUAAGGCCACACAAGGGCAGUGGCAUCUUUUCAGCGGCAGCACUGGGGAGGAAGAUGGCUGCAGGGCUUGGGAAGCCUGCUCCUGGAGAGCAGUUUUGUCCCUGGGUCCUAAGUCCCAGGGGAGGGAGGUUGACAGCU